AUGGAAGUAGCUAACCUCUCGGUGGCCUCCACCGGCAUCGCCCCUCGCCUGGGACCCGAAUCCUGCAGCACCAGCCCAAGCCCCGGCGGGGUCGUGGGAUCAACCCCAGGCGACGCCGCCUUGCCUGGCCGAGAGCCGCCCUUCUCCGUCUUCACGGUGCUGGUGGUGACGUUGCUGGUGCUGCUGAUCGCGGCCACGUUCCUGUGGAACCUGCUGGUUUUAGUCACCAUCCUGCGCGUCCGCGCCUUCCACCGUGUGCCGCAUAACUUGGUGGCCUCGACGGCCGUGUCGGACAUGCUAGUGAUGCCCCUGAGCCUGGUGAGAGAGCUGUCGGCCGGGCGACGGUGGUGGCUGGGCCGGAGCCUGUGCCACGUGUGGAUCUCCUUCGACGUGCUGUGCUGCACCGCCAGCAUCUGGAACGUGGCGGCCAUCGCCCUGGACCGCUACUGGACCAUCACGCGCCACCUGCAGUACACUCUGCGCACCCGCCGCCGCGCCUCGGUGCUCCUGAUCGCGCUCACCUGGGUCCUCUCUGCGCUCAUUGCCCUCGCGCCGCUGCUCUUUGGCUGGGGCGAGGCGUAGGACUCUCGGCUGCAGCGCUGCUAGGUGAGCCAGGAACCCUCCUACGCCGUCUUCUCCACCUGCGGUGCCUUCUACCUGCCGCUUGGCGUGGUGCUAUUUGUCUACUGGAAGAUAUACAAGGCGGCCAAGUUUCGCUUCGGUCGCCGCCGCAAGGCUGUGCUGCCCUUGCCCGCCACCGUGCAGAUGCAAGAAUCGGGCUAUGAAAGUCAAUGCUGCUCAAGGGCGCGUUGCCCCGCGGCGGCCUUUCAGAUGCGCGGCGCCUCGUGGCGGGAGCAGAAGGAGAGGUGCGCGGCCGUGAUGGUGGGCAUCCUCAUGGGCGUGUUCGCGCUGUGCUGGAUGCCCUUCUUCCUGGAGGAGCUCAUCAGCCCCCUCUGUGCCUGCAGCCUGCCCCCCAUCUGGAAAAGCGUAUUCCUGUGGCUUGGCUACUCCAACUCUUUCUUCAACCCCCUGAUUUACACGGCAUUUAACAAGAACUACAGCAAUGCCUUCAAGAACCUUUUCACCAAGCAGAGAUAA